AUACCGUGCUUUGCAAGGGAGUAUUGUCAUUGUUAAUUUCUCUUGUUCUGGAUUUUCUCCUCUUCUCUUCAAUCCUAGAUUCUCUUCUCCGAUCUUGAGUUUUCAGAAUCAAUGGGUGACAUGAAAGACAAAGUCAAGGGGUUCAUGAAGAAAGUCAACAACCCCUUCACCUCUUCAUCAUCUGGCAAAUUCAAGGGUCAAGGUAGGGUUUUGGGAUCUUCAUCAUCAUCUUCUUCUUCUUCUGCACCCAUCAAUCCCAAUCGCAAUCCCACUCCUCGCCUCACUCCCACCCAGAACCCUAAUCCCAAUUCCAAACCCCGUCCAGCUUCAACUACCAAUCACGAACCCUCGCCGCAGAAAACCAAUCGCAAUCCGGGUGACGGGUUUGACCCGUUUGAUUCCCUCGUCACUUCAUCCAACAGAUCGCAAAAUGGGUACUCGCUGAACGUGUAUGAAUGCCCCAUUUGUAAACAACCGUUCCGAUCCGAAGAGGAAGUUUCUGAGCAUGUUGAUACUUGUUUGAGCACCCCAGCUGAGGGUGAUUGUGAAAAGGGUGUCUCAGAAUUGGCAUUGACUGAAGCUGAGUCUCAAAACAGUGAAUUGGAGGUUUGUGUUGGCACUUUCCUUUCAGGGAACCCAUCUGAGGGGUCACUUGAUGUUGUUCUUAAAUUGCUGAGGAAUAUUGCUAGGGAACCUGAGAAUGUUAAGUUUAGGAAGAUUAGGAUGAGCAAUCCAAAGAUCAAAGAGGCUGUUGCUGAGGUUACAGGGGGUAUUGAGUUGCUGAGCUUUCUAGGAUUUGAGCUGAGGGAGGAGAAUGGGGAUACAUGGGCAGUGAUGGAGGUUCCUACAGAGGAGCAAAUAAAAGUGAUUAAGAAAGCUCUAGUGUUGCUGGAACCACCACUGGUGGAACAACCUUCAAAGAGGGACAAUUUGGUGACUUCAACUUCUGCUGAGAAAGAUGUUAAGGCUGAACCAAAGAAGGUUGACAGACAGGUGAAGGUCUUCUUUGCUGUCCCUGAAAGCGUUGCAGCUAAAAUUGAGCUACCAGAUUCCUUCUAUAAACUUUCAGCUGAAGAGGUAAGAAGAGAAGCUGAAUUAAGGAGAAAAAAGCUUGAAGAGUCCCAGCUUUUAAUCCCUAAGUCACUUAGAGAAAAGCAAGCUAAAGCUGCCAGGAGGAGAUACACAAAAACUAUUAUUCGGAUUCAGUUUCCGGAUGGAGUUGUACUUCAAGGUGUAUUUUCUCCAUGGGAACCAACCACUGCUCUCUAUGAGUUUGUGAGCUCCGCAUUAAAAGAACAAGCUUUGGAGUUUGAGCUAAUGCAUCCUGUGGUUAUCAAACGGAGGGUGAUCCCUCAUUUUCCUAAAGCAGGGGAAAAUGCUAAAACAAUAGAGGAAGAGGACCUGGUACCUUCUGCUCUAAUCAAGUUCAAGCCCCUGGAAACAGAUUCUGUGGUUUUCACCGGUCUCAGAAAUGAAUUGCUUGAAAUCAGUGAACCACUUGUAAAUAGUUAAAGCAAUUGCUUGAACUAUAUUAAUUUCUUACGUUUUUCACAUUUUUCUUUCUUUCUCCCUUAUUGGUGGGGAUAUAGAUACAAUUCACUGAACUCAUAUAAUGUGUAAUUUUUUAACAAACCAUAUUAAAAUCUGGUACAUCUUAAAGACUGAA